AUGUAUCGAUUGGCGGCGAAGCGGCUGCUACCGGCGUUGGGGCGCCGGAACUCUCACUUCCGAAGCUCAUCCUCAGGCGUUCGAGCCCUAGCAGAUAUUAUAAAUCCAUCUCGAUUCUCUUCAUCAGUUGCCUCGGAGACGAUUCGGGAUCAAAAUCCCUUAAAUCUUGACUCUUUUGCAACAUCAUCAUCAUCUUCUACAGCGCGGAGCGAAGAAGAAAGAUCACGUGCCCAUGAUGAAACCCAGCGCUCCAGAACUACGACUCGACCUAAAGCUCACUGGCAGGACGAACAGGCGCGUGUUCUUCAUGCAUCUCUACGUCACGUGAUAAGAUUAGGAUGGACAGAUGCGGCUAUGAUAGCUGGAGCAAGGGAUGUUGGCAUGUCUCCUUCUAUAGUGGGAUCUUUUCCACGGAAAGAAGCUGCUCUAGUAGAGUUUUUCAUGGAUGAUUGUCUGCAAAGGCUGAUUGAAACUAUUGACACAAAUGAGGAUUUAAAAAAUUUAAUACCCAGUCAUCGUGUUGCAAAGCUUGUGAGAAUUCGCCUAGAAAUGCAGGCUCCUUACAUUUCAAAGUGGCCUCAAGCACUGAGCAUACAGGCACAACCCUUAAACAUACCAACAAGCUUCAAGCAGCGGGCAAUGCUUGUUGAUGAGAUUUGGCAUGCUGCUGAUGAAGAGGCUGCUGAUAUUGAUUGGUACGCUAAACGUACAGUCCUUGGUGGGAUAUAUUCUACGACUGAGCUGUACAUGCUGACUGAUACUUCUCCAGACUUUCAGGACAGUUGGGCAUUCUUGGACGGAAGAGUUAGAGAUGCUUUUGAUCUAAAGAAGACAGUUAAAGAGGUGAAGUAUUUGGCUGAAGCAGUUGGUGCUGGUAUUGGAGGUUCCUUACCAGGAUUUAUGAAGAAAGUUUUCAAUGGUUAA